AUGGCAGCGCGCGUCGACGCGCAACUCAAACAAAAGGCGGAACCCGUCGUUCCUAGCGAAAGCAUCGAACUGCCAGAUAUCAAUAGCGAAUAUUCUGAUUCGGACGAUGAAGAUCGACCACGAACGUUCGACCCACCGAACUGGGCUCAGUCACCGGAGCUCAGGCAGGCGUUGGAGAUGCAGAGCGGGAUUAACCCUGAUGAUAUAUUUGGCGCGGUUAGGCCGCUGAAGAUGGAGGAGAUAUUUAAGACGAAGACAAGCCGGUUCAGGGCCCGGACGAGUUCUGCGAACUGGACUGGGAGCGACCGGCUGACGGUGGAAGAGGAGAGAGAGUAUGCGAGACGGAUGGGAUUCAGGUAG